AUGGAUUAUAUUCGUUUGUAUCAGUUUGAAAGUUUUGAUAAGUUGAAGCAGAACAUGCUUCCCAAACUAAAACCAAACGAAACAGAGGAGUUUAUGAGGAUUGCAGCCAUGUGUCCAAAUGACUGGACCUGCGUUGAUUCAGACAGAUAUUUGAUUGUCAUUGGUUCAGAUGAUGGUACUUUGAGGGUGUGUGAUAAGCGAACUGGCAGUCGGAAAGCUGUCAUACUUAGGGCUUCUGAUUUGAGGAUGACCAAAGCAAUGGUAAUAAAUGUAGGUGACGAUCUGGUUGUCACGGGCUUUGUCGAUGGGAGGGUAUCCAUAGCUAGAUUUUAUGACCAGUCACAACCAGGCAAUGGGGAUAUAAUGCUCACGGAUAUACUUGGUGAACACAGGCAGGCCAUCACAUGUUUGGAAUGGUCUGCAGACGAGUACAAACUCUUCAGUGGUGAUGCAAAGGGAGUUGUCUUAGCUCAUGAAGUCAACGUUAACCUGUUGAAAGUUGAAUCAUCUGUUUUGUUUAUGGAGACAUCAAGUAUCAUUCAGCUAAGUUACGCUGAUAUGCAUCUGCUGACUGUCACAAAACAUCGAGCUAUCAUUUACAGUUUCGUUGAUAGCACGUACAAGAUUGUCGGAGAAGAAAAUUCAGAAAUUAAAAAGAAAACAAUAUUUGGAGGUCUGUUCAGCAAAGACAGCCAGACAAAUGAACUGUUCAUUUACAUUGUUGCUGAAGGCUUACAAAUAUUUAAAGCCAGAAUGGAUGGAUCGAUAAAAUGCUCCUACUCAUUCACAGAUGAAUUGAUCAAGGAUAAGUUCAAGAACAUUUUCAUAUUGGAGAGUCAACCUCAAUCGAGUAAUGAUGUCCUCACAUCAUCAACACUGACAACCAGUUCUGAUAAAAAUAUAAAAGUUACUAGCAACAUAAACAUUCCAUGCAACAUAGUGGAGCUCAAUCUUCCUAUUCGUCUGUCUCUUAAAGAUGUUUUGGCUUUUGAGUGUGAUGAUUUAAGUGCUUCAAAACCUUUCGGAAAUGAUAAAACGUUCACUGGUUUCCAGCAAGUUAAGGAAAACGUUUUUUUGUUACAUAAUAGGAAAGGAGUUUUUAUGCUGGCUGUUGAUGGCAUCAAUAAACUUCCAGCUUAUCAUGCCUGUCUUGUUGAUGGUAACGCCUACAUUAUUCAGGUGGCAGUCAACCGCAUUCCAUCUUUGGAAGUUUAUGUCCUGGUUGGCAAUGCGAAUGAAAAAGUCAUCAGACUUGCUGCUGACCCAAUAGCCCUACAAAUUGAACAACCACAGCCUUUGAAUGGAAGUUUUAUGACAGCAACUUCACUUACGUUAUCAAAACUGAAAACAAAAACCAGCAGUACAGCCAUGUCUUUGAAAGAGCCCAUGAAACUGUUUAAAUCUAGAGCAUUUCAAAUGUCUGAAAAGUUUGUUGACAAAGUUAAAGUGGUCGGUCAAACUACAUUGAAAAAUGUAAAGGACAAGGAUUCAUUUGUUGGGAAAAAUAUAUCAAAAGGCAACGAUGUGCUCAAGCAGAUCUUCAAAUCUUCCCAUCCGGACAUUUUAGCUAGAAAUUCACGACCAGAGACAUUAAAGAAGAAUGAUUACGGCUCCUUUAACAGAUCGACAAUUCCGGUUGUCUCAAGAAAUCUACUUGACUUACAGGAUGUAACUGAAGAGACGGAGAAUGAAAAGGAUGAUGAUCCUAUUGUUUACGAAUCCAAGAAAUGUUACAGGAAAAGAAAAAUCACUGUAGAAGGUGGAGAAAGUGGUUCCUGUCAGUCACUAACGUACAGCACUUCCAUCCAUCCGAAGUCAAGAACGCUUACAACAACCGCAUCAACUUUCGGCCAAGUAUCUGGUUCGAAUUUUAAUGCAAGUUUGAAAAAUUCAUUGAGAGGCUACUCAUUGAUGCCUUAUUCGCCUGAUGCCGAGUUGCCCUUAUUGUCGUCGUCAUCGCCUUCGAUGUCAGACGCAUCGAUAAUAGGACAUGCAUUAACGUCACAAUCAAGAUUGACGUCCUCAUUAAGUGAGUUGAACAAUGAUCUCAAUGCCGAUAAGGUCAGUUUACUGUCGUUGCCUGCUGCAAUCUGUGGCAAAAACAUAAGCUCUUGUACAGAGAGGAACGCAGCUUCAGCUAGAUCAACGUCAGCGACAUCAGCCGCGUUCUCUACAGCGGCAGCAAAUACAUUUGAGAAUCCAACAAAUGAUGAUGAUUUUGCAAAUUUCUCAAUAGUGCUCAACGACUCAACCACACUCUCCAGUCAGGAAACGACUGCUUCAAGGAAUGCUAAUAUUACUUCUGUUGGAACUACUUGCACUGACACUAAAUUGUCUUCAACGCUGGUUCCAUCAUCUGAUGAAAAAACAAAUGAUUGCUUAGAUGAAAAUAACGACACAAAAUCAACACAUGCCGAUGAUUCAACAUCAUUAAUGAAACUUCAUCAACUUGAACUUGCAGCAUCAACGUCAACAGUUGCUCCAGUAGAUAUUACUGUUGAUUUACCAGUACUUUCAAAAGAUGUGAAAACUGUUUUACAGGAGAAGUCAAAUGAGAGGACAACCGAGGGUGUUGAUGCUAAAUUUCCGAUCAUAUCAAGUGAGUCUUCAUCAUCAGCUUCAUUGAACAAAGAUCAUGACGUUGAUAGAUCUCCUACUGUUUUGCCUCAAUUUGCCACAAGUCGUAUCUGUUCAGACAGUGGAACAACAACAACCUCCACGAAAACACAGUCUGAUGCAGAAAGAAAAGAUUAUGGCAUUGAUUUAGACUUGCUUAAAAGUGACAAGAAGAUUGAUGUCAAAUUGUUAUUAGCUAAUUUCAACAACGGCGGACCUGUCACCGUUGAAGAGCCUGUCGAAAGGAUUCCUUUCUGGGAAAUAAAAACUUUUCCAACAUCACCCAACAAAACGCCUACUAUCUCUACUACGUCAUUGGAACCAGUGGAAGUACAAAAUGAACAUAUUAACAAGACCUCGAAGGAAGGUGAGGAAAAAAAUGGAGACAAUGACAAAGAAGAUUCAUUCGAGGACAUAUACUCGAAAUAUGGACAGAAAAAAGCCGAGGUGUCUGACGAUGAGAUCAAUCCACUAAAAGUUAGGGGUUCUUUAAAAAAAGGUAAGAAUGACUUUUAUGAUUUAGUCAGUAGGAGUUACAAAGACCGUGAUGGUAACAACUUUCAAAUUAUUAAUUCUAACCCUAACGAUGAUUUUAAUAUUUAUUUCGAAGACGAGAUUCGAAAUCUUGAACGAUUCAAUGAUUCCGAAAUUGAACAUAAUUUAAAAGUAUCUGAUUGUGAUGAUAGUGAUGAAAGUGACAACGGCGAUGAGGAUGGUAGCGAUGAUGUAGAGGAUGAUAACGACGGGGAUUUUUGUGUGAUCUCUGCAAAUGACGUCACAGAGGGUGCUUCGCAAUGGUCAAGUGUGCCACCACAACAACAUUCGCAGCUGUUGUCGUCAUCAUCUUCGUCGCCGCUGUUGCUCAUCUCGUCAUCGCCAUCGGCCACGCCAGCCAUAUUAAUAGAUAAUUCAAUUUUUCCUAAUUUUUUCCAAGCAGGUACAAGCCAGUACAGAAACCCACAAACGACCGUAAAUUUAAAGAAUUUAAACAUAGACCCGCUUGUGAUUUUGGACGAGUUCACGACGGCGUUGCUCCGCACACAAACCGAACAAAUAAAGCUAAAAAAUGUUGAACUCCGUGAGUUCUUCAGAUUCACCACAGCUUUCCCCGUCGGCUCGUUUGCCGUGAGCGGUCAGAGAAUAUACUGCAUUUCCAACAGGCUGGGCUGGUUGUGCACGCAACGUGGCAACAUAAGAGGUAACAACGUGUUCAAGUUGAGAUACAACAGUCCGAUGGAUGAUUCGGCGAAGUGGCUUUCUUUCCACCCCAAGGUGCCCAUCAGAGCCCAGCAGGUGUCUGCCUACUCCGGUGUUAUCUGGAGACUCCUGGAUGGCAAGGCGUUUGCAUACUUUGGUCACGUGACAGCCGAACAUACGUGGACGAUGUUUGCUAAUGAUGUAGCGUUCAUUCACGUCUCAAAUGAAAAUUGUGCCUUCUUUGUGAAGAAAAAUGGUGACCUCUACGUGCACAGAGGGGUUAGCAGGGAUCGUCCUUGCUUCGAACCCUUACAAAUUUUACUGGGGUUCCCCAUCGUGAAAGUUUCUCACAGGGACGGGGUGGUUUGGGUCCUGGAUAGAUCCGAGUCGAUGUCAGCAUUCGAGUUGGUCUUCGAGGAGAAGAGUGAUGGCGAGUAUGGGGGCAGUGGAAAUGAUAGUAGUAGUGGUUAUGAUGAAGAUGGAUGUUUUCGGUCUCACGUCAUAGCGAAAGCCAACAGACUCACUAAGAUCAAACUCGACGGCAGAGCCUUUCCGGAAACUUUCGAGUUAAACACGGCCACCAUGAACACCACCACCAACAGAUACACCACCUCCAUUGUCGUCAACUCAGCAGUGUCUGAUUAUAGAUCAUUCGUCAAGAGAACGCUCAACAUCAACUGCGAGAGCAUCAUCAAACUCCAUAACAUCAACAAUGUCAAGAAUAAAAAUUUGACCAACGAUCAUGUUAUCGUCGCUGCAACAUCUUACUAUGAUAACAUCAAGAAACGCGGUGCCUUCAGCAGUAACAUUCAGUUGAUGGCGCCGUCGUUAUUACACAUCAGCGCAGGUGAAAAAUCGUCGUCAUCCAACAAGAACAUUCGCAACAACAAAAAGAACUAUGCAGCAUCUGCAAGCUCUUCUUCUAGCUCAUCAACGAACAAAUUGACAGCAGAAGAAGAAGAAAUAGCCUUACACAAUUCCACACAUUUAUUGAUCCCCAACAAGACGACAAACAUCAACAACACAGUCUUCAUGCUGACUAAUGAAGGGGAAGUUAUUUUCACUCAUGGUAUUACGAGAAGCUCGCCAGGGGGAUGUGGAUUGUGGUACAACGUAUGCCAAACUGUGAAGAUAUUUCCUACAAAGAAAUCGUCUCAAGGUAAAAACAUAACUGAAAAUUCGUCGUCAUUGAAAUGCAAAGAAAAUGGGGAUGUUGUGGUUUGUUCAAGAUACUAUGAUGGCUUUGUCUUCAUGACUCUGCCUAUUUAUGGUUACAGAUUCGAAUCAAAAUGGAUGUCCGAUUCUCAAGGAUUUGAUUUCUACAGCAUCUUCAAGGACAUGUCCGUCAGUUCAACAUCGAUCUGGUUAUUAACGUGGGACAACUGCAUAACGAACAUGAUAAUGACCUGUUCAUUUGGCUCCAUGUUCCCAGUACCUCAUCCACCGACCGAGACUAAAAUUUCCAUGCUAAGCGCCUCGUCGCAAGCCGUCUGGUGUCUCACGGAGGACGGCGCCAUCUAUGUCGCUAACCUCUGCAAAGAAGAUGCCAGUGAUGAUGAAAAGGAGGAUGAAAGUGAUGGAGCUUCUGCCGGCGAGCCCAAGGAGAAAAAAUUCAAGUGGAGAUCCAUGGAGUUGUCGCAAUUAGACAGUAAGUCAGGUCGGUGUCGGAUGAAACACAUCUCCCUCGGUCGCUCUCACGUCUGGGCGGUCGACCAGUCUGGAUCGGUCUAUUUCCGAACAUCAGCUCGUUACAAUUCUAAGGGACUUAAUCCUGCCUGGAUUUUGAUUUCAAAUGCUUUUAGCCCGGAACUUGAUACCGUCAAAUUUGACAAAGUCUUUGUGUCGGGAGAUGAUUCAUUGGUAUGGGCCUUGGACACGACAGGUCAGAUAUACGUGAGAGAGGGGAUCAAGGAAUCGCUCCAUAUUGGUUCUAACUGGGAUUCAAUCUUGGGGCCUAAAACUCAUUCUCUAAGCUUGAGUGGAAACUUCGCUUACGUUGUCGGUUCGGACCAUCAAGUACACAUCCGAGUCGGUAUAACUCCCAAAUAUCCGGAUGGUCUCUUCUGGGUUAAAAUCCCGAAAUAUGAAUUUUCAAAAAUAUACACCAACUGCAACGACGACGUGUGGACACUGGACUCGUCAGGUGAACUUCAUCAUCUGGACAUCUGCAGGGUGCAGUCGUUGUCGGCGCUUUCAUCGGGAUCGUCAUCACUGGCCGACUCUUCCAAGUCUGAAUCAAAAAAGUCUGCCUAG